AAAAGUCACUCUUUCUCAUUUUCCCCUCUUUUCUUCCCCACAUGAGCGAAAAAAGAAAGAGAGAACGAUCUGAAUCAGUCGAGGAAGAGGAAUGGGAAGCACCACCACUUAAAACUAUUCCAACUUCCAAAUUACAGGCCUAUUCUGUAGGCAGACAAAAGAAAUCAGCAUUUGAGAAACGCAAGGAAGAGAUUGAUCUAAAGAAGCAGCAAGAAUCUUUGGAGGCUGCCAGAGUUUAUGCAGAAUUUGUAGCAUCUUUCCAAGAACCAGUGUCAUACAAAUUAGGAACAACUUCAUUUGUUAAAGCAGGCACCCUAAAUCCUGCAACAAAUACCAUCAAUAAUGCACCUCCUUCUUCUUCCCUUCCUCCUAAACCGAUGUUCAAAGCGAUGUCAUUUGUCAAGGCUAGUGAAAGCACAUCGAAAUUAUAUUCACUUGAUCAAUAUCAAUCAAAGGAAGAAGACGACGAAGAAGACGAUGAUGAAGAUCAAUUAGCCAAAUUAAAGAAAUCCAAGUCUCAGAAGCGUAACUUGGAUACGUUUUUGGAGGAGAUCAAAAAAGAACAGCAAGUUCGUAACAGUGCGAAGUCAUCAGAGACUAUAACAACGACUGACGAUUCUAUCUUUGGCGACGGUGAUCCUUUAUCGACCAACUUAUUUGUGAGUAACAUUCAUCCAAGUGUGACCGAGUUGGGCCUCUGUCAGGAAUUUGGAAAAUACGGUCCGAUUGCAUCUGUCAAGAUCAUGUGGCCACGUACUCAAGAUGAAAAAGAUAAAGGAAGGAACAACGGGUUUGUUUGCUUUAUGAAACGAAGUGAUGCAGCAGAAGCAAUCAAGAACCUGAAUGGAAUUGAGCUCGAAGGGUUCAAAUUGCGUGUUGGAUGGGGCAAGGCGGUUGCUUUACCGGCAGAACCUGUAUUUGUGUUGGAAAAGGCAACGACAACCACCAAGACAGGACUUCCUUUUAAUGCACAGAUAGAUCCUGGUCAACCGGGCGUGAACUCACGGCCGAGAGCAGUUGUUCGUGUUACAAAACCGACGGAUAUAAACACACUUCGACUUAUACACAGAACGAUUGAACGUGUGCUCGUACAUGGGCCGAUGUUUGAGGAGAUUAUCAUGCAGAGAGAGCAAAAUAAUCCACAAUUUAAAUUCUUGUUUGAUAAUAUAUCACCAGAGCACAUCUAUUACAGAUGGAAGCUAUAUUCAAUGUUACAAGGAGACACAAAGUCUCGAUGGAACGAUGAACCAUUUCAAAUGUUUGAAGGAGGUGCUUGGUGGAUACCACCUGAGCUACCAUUUGUAGAUGAGUACACAGAAGAUCCAGGUUUUGAUACAGAAGAUGAACAAGCAGAAAAUGAAAAAGUAGCCAAGGGUAUGUUGGGAAGGAUAGCUAAACAAAGAUUGGCUGUUAUUUUGAGGGAAGUUACAUUUCAAAGAGGAACCAUUGCUCGAGCGAUGGCAUUUGCUAUUGAUCAUUCUGAUGCAGCUACAGAGAUUGUGAGCAUUCUUUGCAAAUCAAUCCUUGUACCCGACGUACCAUUAUCGGUGAAACUAGCAAGACUAUAUCUGAUUUCUGAUAUUCUACAUAACAGCAGUGUGCAUGUAUCAAAUGCAUGGAAGUAUCGCGUAGAGUUUGAAUCCCAAUUACCGGCACUAUUUGAGCAUUUCAAUUCAAUUUAUCGAUCCAUCAACGCACGGUUAAAAGCAGAACAAAUGAGGAAAUACAUUUUUGCAGUAAUAAGUGUUUGGGAGAACUGGAUGAUCUUUCCAAAGUAUUACACAGAUCAAUUAACUAGGAUAUUUCUAAGAAAAGGUGAUGGUACUUUAGAAACAGUUAAUACACAAGAGGUAAUGAUGAAUGAAGACAUUGAUGGUGAACCAAUUGAGGACAUUGAUGGUGAGCCAAUUGAGGACAUUGACGGUGAGCCAAUUGGGGACAUUGACGGUGAGCCUAUGGAAGAUAUUGAUGGUGAACCCAUUGAAACAAAAGAACAAGAAAAAGAUAAGAGAAAACUAUUAUCAGAGAUUGAUGACAUGUUUUGCAUAAAAUAAUAAAGCAACAAAAAGGGAAUAGCAAUGGACGAUCCCAUUUUCUGUUACACAUUUGGAAUAAAAAAAUUUUAUAAAUUCAGUCGUGCAACCUGUC